AUGUCGAUGCAGACGAAGACCUGCGGACCCACACGAGGUCAGGUGUUUGAAGUGGGACUCUGUGAGAGGUGAAAACGUGAAAACAGUUGUUUACAAUCUCCGCGCGAGUGUCCCGUAUCACAAUCAUAAACAAGUCCAGAGAAAUGUGGUCGCGAAUCUCUAGGAUGUUUGCAAGUUAAAGAAAAUGGAAACACCGACGAAAUUCCUCCAAGAUGAAAAAGAAAAUUUCGUCACUGUAGUUUCAAUAGGAGCUGAUUCGACCCAAACUACAGCAAAAUGUGACCCUUUCUCGACAAUCGACACCAAAACCUCAGGAUAUGUCACUGUCUUAACCAUCGGCGACAAUGACGAAGAAUGUGUUACUAAAGACAUAAUAGAAGAAGUCCUAGUCUAUAGACUUCCCGGUGAACGACUAGGUUUUGGGUUGAAGUUCGAAGGCGGAACUAAAGCAAACGAAUUCGUUAAACGUCUGUUCAUCCAGUCAUGUGCUCCCGACAGUCCUGCAUCCCGGGUCCAAAGCUCUUGGGGCAAACUAACCGAAGGCGACGAAGUCCUAGAAAUCGACUGUAUGCCUGUCAACACCAUGACAAGAAUCGAUUGUGUGCGGUGUCUAAAAGACUCAAACGUUGUUAUAAAACUUUUAGUGAAACAUUUUAGUGCGGAAUGUAAACAAUCAAACGACUUCAAAACUAGGUCAGUAGAAGAUUUACCACAAGUUAUAAGUGCCGAAAAAAAGAGAACACCACCACCACCCCCACCAGUACCGCCAAGAAAAAUCCCGAAAAAGUUUUACAAGAAUAGUCAAAACAAUAACAAUCAGGAGAAUCCAGUUCCGGCAGCUCGUCAAAUCAAUUCAGAAGCAACAAAUAAGAAAAAAUUCCAAUCGCCGAGAAGCAGCGGCCGGACUUCGCAUUCUCCCGAUAUCUCUAGACGGGAUAGACGUUUUUCGGAUGGUAGCCUCGGACCACCUGAUGCCGAAGUCUACGUUGAUUUAUUUUCGCAAGAAUCGAGUCAAAGCCUCAGCGAAUCUGAUGACACAGGAAGUUCAAUAUCUACCGUUGUAGAUCGAUUUGGGUCAUUCCCGACAACAACAACAUCAAGUUUAGCAGGAAGUUUGCCAUCAACACCUACGUCAGUUCAAAAACAAAUCGAUUUCACAAACUUAUUAAACUCGUACGAAGAAGAAGACUUGAUAGCACCGUUUAACAAGAGUAUUAAAAGUGUAACAAGUAAAACUCCCGAUUCAAUUGAAAAAGAAAAAGUCGAGGAAAAAUCAGGAAAUAUCAAUGAAGACGGGCCACCGCUGCAACCGCCGUCAUGCUUUCAAGAUGCCCCCCUGAGUUACGGAAACGAGGACAUGAGAAUAAUUGAGACGAAAUCGAAUGAAAUUAAUGUGUGUGAGUCGUCAGAAAAAAAAUCUAUGAAUAGUAAACACGUGGAAAAUAAUAAUUUAAAUGGUGAGAAAACUUCGAUAAAAAAUUCUGCGAUUGAGGACAAAGUAUUUAAAAAACCACCUGUACCUCCGCGAUCGCGAGAUUUAAUUAAUGCUAAUAAAACUAAUGGAUGUAAAGAUGUACAAAAUAUUCAUGAUGAGAAUAUGAAUUUAUCGAACUUGCCGCGUUUAGUUGAUUUCGUCCCUAAGUCGACAACGCGUGAUCAUUUUGAAAAUCCAGUCGAGAUUAUUAACUUAUUUUUGGAAAAUGAAAGGAGAGACACUGAUUAUUUGAAAAAUGAGUUUUAUGGGGACGAUGAAAUUGAUGGUAAUUUUGAUGACUAUAACAAUGAGAUUGAUGUUUAUAGUUCAAAGUGGAGCUUAUCGUCACAAUUGGCCACUAUAGGAGAAGUCGAAGAGGAAGGUUCGCAGGAUUUUGGCAUCAACAGAUCGCCACCUAAUUCAACACCUAUCGUGAUAGUUGAAAAUGCCGAUGAUGAUACGAUUGAGGAAAUAAACACAUCAGAAAUCAAAAAAAGUGAUGAAGGUAUCAAUGGCAAAAUGGAAACUCUUCCAAGUGAUUCACGUCAGCCACCUGAUGGACAUGAGUUUCCAGACUACGUCGAAGUCACUAGUGAACAAACCGAUGACAAGUUCAUUCGCGAAAAUUACAAAGAUCUAUACAGCCAAGAGUUAAACGAAAAAGGUGCUCAGUCAACACUAGUGACUUGUAAGUCAACAGAAAGUGUAAAUUGGAGUCAAAACAGAAGUUCCUUUAAUGAUUUUUCCAACGUGACCAUACAGAAUAAGUCUUCUCUUUCAAAGAUAAACAGUGUCUCAAAUAGUGAUCUUAGUUCUAUUAAAUCGAAUUCCUUCGAUAGUGGUGAUGAAGUGAGUUUAAGAAAGUCUAGUUUAGAACCAACACUCCAUACGAGAUCGCAAAGCUUAAUUGAUAUGUCAAGCAUAUCAAAACAAAAGAACGAUCGCUGGAGUCUUCUGGCCGAACAAAGGAGAAAAGGUUAUUCUAAAUUGAAAGGACUUGUGAUACCUGAACACGUAUCUGAAAAUGAAGCAACUCCUGCGGUUAACAUCCCGGAAAUAAUAAGUCACACUACUCCAUCAUUCGUCCUAGAUACAAAGGUUCAAACCAGUGAAACAACCCAAUGCCAUUCGAAUGAAAUUGAACCAAUUGCAUUACCACUAACUUCGCCUCCUUGGACUUCCAACACUUCAACAUUCCCCAAGUAUUCACCAGCUUUCAAAAGAAAAAGUCUCCAAGUCUAUUCACAAACAAAAACUCAGAAGUCUGAAGAAGCUGAAACUGCCAUAAAAUCGCCAGUCAAAACUGUGCCUGAUUGUAAAAGUGCCACAUUAAGAAAUAAAAGUGAUGAUCUUAGACUUGACAACUUGUCAGAUUCUCCUAAAUCGUUAGAAAGCAUUACCUCGCCAACAAGAUCGGAUUGCAGCUUCGAUUACGUCACAAAUUCUUUAAACAAAGUCAAAUGUAACAAUAAACAAGAACCUAAUAGAACAUACAAAGAAACUUUCAACUAUGUUACUAAAUUACAUAAGGAUAUUGGAAAAUCCGAAGAUGAAAGUGACAAUGAUUCAGCAGUGAGUUCAAGUCAGUCCAGUUACAUUUCCCGAUGCUCGCCGCCACCCUCACCAACACGAUCCUGUGAAAUGCUAGACUACGAAACAACCAUUCGAACAAAACCUGAAACAAUUCAAGACAUCGAUAAAUACAAUAAUUUACAGUGUCGUCUUUUAAAAGCCGCUAGUGUUGAAGCUAUCAAUCGGAAAAACAUCCUCGCAUCGGCAAAAUGCCGUAGUGGCAGAGACCUCAAAGUUGGUUCACCAGUGAUUCAAAGAAAAUACGAAGAUGAGGAUUCUUCCGCAAACGCAAAUACAGUUGAACCUGAGACUCCCGUAAAUCCAGUAAAUCAACUAGUAAUCUGUAAACAAGACCAAUCGGUUGAGACUCGUAAUAUGAUAAAGGAAAAACGAAGCAUAAGUUGUGAGGAAUCUGCUCCCAUUUCAAAACCUCUACUAAACGGAGAUAGCAGAAUAAAAAGUGAAAUAGCUCCAUCAUCCAAUAGAGUUCCAGAAAAAAAUAAUUUAAUCACCUUAAGACCGGUAGCCGGCUCUUUGAAAAACUUUACGACGCAGUUACGCGAAACUAAAAUCCCCACAAAAAAUAAUAUAACAAAGUCGAGCAGUUUGCUCAAAAACAACAACAAAUCGAUGAGUGUCACCGAUCUGAGGAAAAGUUUUGAAAAAUUCGGUAACGCACCACCACCUCUUCCUCAAAGUAUUCCCAUUGCUCUUAAGAAAGAAAUAAAAAUCCGACCUACUAAGUCUGAAACUAAAUUAAAACCUGAAACAUUCCUUGAGAAAAAACCUAGAAGUAAUGGCGACGUCGUUAAGUUGGAAACACUGAAGCCUGCAACAAAAUCGAUCGUAAAAGAUGUACCGGAACAAAAACAAAAAGAAAUUUCUGUUGACGGUAAUAGGAGAAAAGUCGUUCUUUGUCCAGAAUUCGUGGGAGGGAGUAUUGGCAUAACUCUAGCAGGAGGAACUGAUUACGAAACAAAAGAAAUAACCGUGCACAAAAUCCGUUACGGUAGUGUAGCAUAUAACGACGGUCAGUUGAAAAAAGGCGAUAAAAUUGUAUCCAUUAACGGAAAAGAUACGACCAAUCUCACACACGCGGAAUCUGUUGAACUGCUAAAAGAACAGGUAUCUAAAUUUAUUCUAAUUGUGGAAGAUGGUAAAGAAGAAACGUUAUCUUCACCACAGAGAAAAUCCUUUAUUUAUGAAUCGUCCGACCCUAAAUCUCUUGGUCCUGCUUCUCCGAUAAAAAAUGUUACACAUGUGAUUACAUUUGCGAAAAAUGGUGCCGGUUUAGGAUUCAGUAUAGAAGGAGGCAAGGAUUCGCCAAUGGGAGAUUUGCCCUUACGAAUCAAAAAAAUAUUCCAAGGUGGACUUGCGGAGAAAAAUGGAGAAUUGUGUGUUGGCGACGAACUGUUGGCUAUUAACGAUAUUAGCCUAACAAAUUUGUCAAGAAUUGAAACAUGGUCCUUAAUGAAGAAGCUACCUGAUGGAAAUGUCAGUAUUCAUAUUCAUCGAUAAUUUUUUUGACUAUUUAUAUUUUAUUAAGAAUUGUCUUGCCAGACUGUUUGUAAUGUUUUUGUACGUACUUAUGUCGUUGUUAAAUUAUUUCCUUGUGUCAGUCAUGAUUAUGUGCCCACAGUUAAAUCAUUUAUAUAUUUUAUUACAUAGCUUAUUUUGUAUAAUAACAUUACCCAAAAUAUCUAGUACAUUGUAUAGAUUGAUUGUUCAUUAAUAUAUUUUUAUAUGAAUAAAUUAUUGAUUUAAAUAUUA